UGUAAGUGAUGAGUGCAGAGGGCAAAAGAAGUGGGACUGUGAAAGUCCCCAACAUUCUAUUUUCCGGCACCAAGAGGUUAAAGAUUUCCUCAAACUUUCGUUUCUGUUGAUCUGAGAUUUUCACCAUGCUACCUGCUGUAAAGAUUCUGGUUUUGGUCGUAAUUAGCAAUAUUUGUCUUGCACCGUUCAUAAAUGGCCGAAUGUUUAGGAGAUACCAAUAUGGAAGUAGAUCGAUGUUUGGUAACCAACGGGGAUAUUUUUGGAAACCAUCUUACACAGGACAGUAUUAUCUACAAUUUCUUGACAGGAAAUUCACCACUGAUGAUGAGUAUCUUGAAGAAGGAAGCGGAAGUGGUAGUGGGGACGGCAAAAGUGACAUGGAGGACUUAACCGGUCUGAUAAUUACACCAAAAAUAAAACCAAUUGAAACUACUUUUGACAAGAUUGCAGGUGUGUCAGACCCUGUUCCCCAAUCCCAAUCCACGAUCCCGCCUUCAAAGGAAACCAAGAAAAUCUCCACAACGUCUAAAAUCCCUGACACCGACCGAUCUUCAAACAGUGAGAAAACCCAACCUGCAGAAGUUGUUACAGAAUCAAAUCCGAGCAAGCCAUUUCCGAAGAAUAGAAAAACUCAGGUAGAUUCGUCAUUAGGAGCACCUGCAAAAGAAGAAGGGGAAGGCGGAUUGAGUCAACAAGCUAUUUACAUCAUCGUUGGUUCGACGGCAGGCGGUGUGGUCCUUGUCUUGUUGAUUGCGAUGGUAGUUGUUCGUUUAAGUCGUAGAAAUGUCCAAGAUGGGUACAGACACAACUUGAUGUAAGAGGGACAUCUGUUUUUUGAUGUAAUACGGAAUGGCAUGUACGAUGAUAUGCGGUUCUGGGAAACCAUGAACCAAAAUUAUUUUGUAAUAUGUUUUAGUUGUUAUUUUCAAUUAUCCAAUUGAAAUCAUCAUUAUCUUUAUUUCAUGAAGAAUCAUUAAAUUUGAACUAAACAUAAGUAGCUACGAGUACAAACUAUCAUUAUAAAUAUAUAUAUUUUUGUAAACAUCUUGUUCUUCUUUAUCAUAAUGACACUUAAUUCAUCAUUUCUACCUAAUUGUAUGGUUAUAUUAUUAGACACAUGUCGAAUGCGAUACUCUUUUUAAAGAAAAUAAAAGGACUUAUUUUUUGAAAUUUACAUUUAAAUGCGACCUCUCAGAUUUUCAUGAUUUGUGAAUGCAUUGUUUGGAUAAGUUUUGAGAUAUAUCUUAAUUUCAGAUAAUGAUACAUUUGUACAUAAAGAUACAUCCAGUAUAUUUUCCCAUUUCUUAAAGAAUUCAAAUAUACUCGUAUAUGCUAUGUUUGUUUUCCCAAUGUUUUAUUUGAGACGCACAAAUACUCUCAGAGCCAAAUGGUUCUAUUGAAUCACUCAUUUUAUUAUCAAUAAAAUGCAACUUACCAUUUUGUA